AUGAUUUUGGUGCAAAUAUUGACUCUUUCUUUCAUUCAUUUCUCUCUCUCUCUCUCUCUCUCUCUCUCUCUCUCUCUCUCUCUCUCUCUCUCUCUCUCUCUCACACACACACUUUAUCUAUUUAUUUAUCUAUCUAUCUUUCCUUCAGUAACUAUAUAUGAAAUGGAGGUGGGGGUUCAGUCACUGAGUAGUUCUUUUAGCCCUCCCAUUAUAAUCCUAUCUAUUCUCUGUUUGCAGGGAGCUUACAAUCCUAUCUAUUCUCUGUUUCAGGGAGCUUACAAUCCUAUCUAUUCUCUGUUGCAGGGAGCUUACAAUCCUAUCUAUUCUCUGUUUCAGGGAGCUUACAAUCCUAUCUAUUCUCUGUUGCAGGGAGCUUACAAUCCUAUCUAUUCUCUGUUGCAGGGAGCUUACAAUCCUAUCUAUUCUCUGUUGCAGGGCUUACAAUCCUAUCUAUUCUCUGUUGCAGGGAGCUUACAAUCCUAUCUAUUCUCUGUUGCAAGGAGCUUACAAUCCUAUCUAUUCUCUGUUGCAGGGAGCUUACAAUCCUAUCUAUUCUCUGUUGCAGGGAGCUUACAAUCCUAUCUAUUCUCUUUUUUACUUUCUGCUUUCAUUCUGCAUUUUUCCAUUAUUCUAAUUUUGUAUUACUCCUCUUUCUCCUUCUUACUUUUUCAUACUAUUUCUUUCUUUCUUUCUUUUCUUCCUUUUCCUGUUCUAUCAUCCUUUUUCUUCUUUUCUCUUUUCAUUUUUCUUAUCUCAUCAUUUUUAUCUUUCUCUUUCUUUUGUUCUCUUAAUUUCUUACUCACUUUGUCCUUUCACUUUUCCAUUUCUUUUUCUUUUAUUUUCUUCAAUAAUCUCAUUUUCAUAUUUUUUAUUUGUUUGCCUCUUCCUUUUCUCUUCUAUUUUUAUCUCUUCUAUUCUCUAUUUCACUAUUUAUCUUUUAUUUUCUCCCUCUCUCUCCCUCUCUUCUUCUUUCCCCUAUUUCAAUUUCCACGCAAAAAAACAUACCAAUUCAAGAAGAAAAGAAGGAAGGAAUCCAUGUAG